CACCAGGAAGCUAAAAUUUAAUAUAUUUAAUAAAUAACACAACAAUUCAAUUAUAAUCUUCAAAUAUAAUUAAAAUAAAAUUAUGACAGAUCAAAAUAUUGAAGAACUCGGACCAUCGGAUUUAGGUACACUUGAUUAUUGGGAAAGGAUUUACUCGGAAGAACUUGAUAAUUUUAGGGAAUACGGAGAUAUAGGCGAAAUAUGGUUUGGUAAAAGCAAUACACUAAAAGUCAUACGUUGGAUUAAUACGCAAUUAAAACUUAAUAAAAAUGAUAAAAUAAUUGACAUAGGAUGUGGAAAUGGAAUGACAUUGAUUGAACUUGCAAAACAAGGUUUUGAAAAAUUGAUGGGUAUAGAUUAUUCGCAAAAAGCAGUUGAUUUAGCUCAUGAAGUAUCGAAGGAAAAUAAUGUGUCGCAUAUUGAAUUAAAGGUUUGCGAUAUUCUAAAUUCUCAAGAUUUGAAUUUACCGACAGACUUUAAAUUAAUACACGAUAAAGGAACUUAUGAUGCCAUCAGUUUAAAUCCGGAAGAUCCAGCAUCGAAACGACAAAAAUACAUAGAAAAUGUAUACAAAAUUCUAUUACCCUCUGGUUACUUAGUUUUAACUUCAUGUAAUUGGACUAAAGAAGAAAUACAAAAACAUUUUCAAGAUUAUUUUGAUAUCUUACACGUGCUUCCCGCAGAUACAUUUAUUUUUGGUGGACAGAGCGGAAACACUGUAACGCAAUUAGUUUUACAAAAGAAAUAAUAAAAGAUUCGAUUAACAAAAUAUAUGUAUGAAGUUUUCUCUUUACUUUCCUUUUAAUAAUUGACUUAUGUAUAAUCUAUAAUUAAUAUUAAGAAAUAUACAUAAUAUAUAAUAAAUAUAUAGUAUAUGUAUUUAGAAUACGGAAAAGUUUAUUCGUGCAUAAUAUAUUUAUAUUAAUAAUACGUUUACAUAAUAUAGUUCAAAAAUAAAAAUAAGUUAAAAAUUAUACUAUUAUCAAUUUACAAAUAUUAUAAAAUAUUAUGCAUUAUAAUCAAAAUAA